GAAGCGCCAGCAAAAAUCGCAAUACCUUCUCUCCCACACUCCCGCUACUACACAUUUCGAUCCAACACUAGGGUUUUUGUUUUCGUCUCAUUUCCCAACCUAGGGUUUCAAAUUUCUCCAACAACAACAACUCCAACUCCAUUACUUGACACACAUCUACUCUCAAUCAAAGCUCUCUCUUUUCCUUCUUCGAUCGAACCAUCCAUGGCUUCACCAUCAAUCCAAGCCUCUCGCUCAGCCACGUCCAAAACCGAAAGCUACGUAGACAACAAACGCAAAGCCGACAUCCGCCAAGCCAACAUCGUGGCGGCUCGAGCUGUCGCCGACGCCGUCCGAACCAGUCUCGGACCCAAAGGCAUGGACAAGAUGAUCUCCACCGCCUCCGGCGAAGUCAUCAUCACCAACGACGGCGCCACAAUCCUCAACAAGAUGGAAGUUCUCCAGCCGGCGGCCAAGAUGCUCGUCGAACUUUCCAAAUCUCAAGACAUCGUCGCCGGCGACGGCACCACCACCGUCGUCGUCAUCGCCGGAGCUCUCCUCAAGCAAUGUCUCUCUCUUCUCACUAGCGGAAUUCACCCUACGGUGAUCUCCGAUUCGCUUCACAAAGUCUCUCUCAAGGCAAUCGAUGUCCUUACUGCAAUGGCUGUCCCAGUUGAGCUCUCCGAUCGCGAAUCUCUUGUCAAAUCUGCGAGUACUUCGCUUAAUAGCAAGGUUGUUAGUCAGUACUCUACUCUUCUCGCUCCAAUCGCUGUUGAUUCGGUUUUAUCGGUUGUUGAUCCUGAAAAGCCCGAUCUUGUUGAUCUCAGGGAUGUUAAGAUUGUGAAGAAGCUUGGAGGGACUGUUGAUGAUACUGAGCUUAUAAAAGGAUUGGUUUUUGACAAGAAGGUUAGUCAUGCUGCUGGUGGUCCUACUCGUGUUGAAAAUGCUAAAAUUGCUGUUAUUCAAUUCCAAAUUUCGCCUCCGAAAACUGAUAUUGAACAAUCGAUUGUCGUUUCGGAUUAUACCCAAAUGGAUAGGAUAUUGAAAGAGGAGAGGAACUAUAUUCUUGGUAUGAUUAAGAAGAUUAAGGCUACUGGGUGUAAUGUGUUGUUAAUUCAGAAGAGUAUUUUGAGAGAUGCAGUGACCGAUUUGUCGCUGCAUUAUCUUGCUAAAGCCAAGAUUUUGGUGAUUAAGGAUGUUGAGCGCGAUGAGAUUGAAUUCAUUACCAAGACUUUGAACUGUUUGCCUAUCGCAAACAUUGAGCAUUUCCGUAGUGAGAAGUUGAGUUUUGCAGAUUUGGUUGAGGAGGUUUCUCUUGGAGAUGGGAAGAUAGUGAAGAUUACAGGAAUUAAGGAUAUGGGUAGGACCACAACGGUGCUUGUUCGUGGGUCGAAUCAGUUGGUCCUUGAUGAGGCGGAAAGGAGCUUGCAUGAUGCUUUGUGUGUUGUGAGGUGUUUAGUCAACAAGAGGUUUUUGAUUGCAGGUGGCGGUGCACCAGAGAUAGAGCUUUCUCGGCAGUUGGGUGCGUGGGCUAAGGUGUUGCAGGGGAUGGAGAGUUACUGUGUGAAAUCAUUUGCGGAGGCUCUUGAAGUUAUUCCCUAUACAUUGGCUGAGAAUGCUGGUUUGAACCCAAUUGUUAUUGUCACUGAGCUUAGGAAUCGACAUGCCCAGGGUGAGAUCAAUGCUGGAAUCAAUGUGAGGAAGGGACAAAUAACUAACAUCUUGGAAGAGAAUGUGGUGCAGCCUUUGCUAGUAAGCACAAGUGCAAUCACAUUGGCUACAGAAUGUGUGCGGAUGAUUUUGAAGAUUGAUGACAUUGUUACAGUGAGGUAGAUUUGAUUAGAACACGAUGGUGUUGGUGAAUGAAAAACUGGUUGUCAUAUUAUCUUUUGAUGUCUGUGUGCUGCUAAUUUGUGUUCUUUUCUCUUUAUGGGCCUCUUUAGGUCUAAUGAAUUUUGAACUCGGUGCUUUUUGUUAGUGCUUGUUUAUGGUGUUUCUAUUGGAAUUUUUAGGUUCGUAUGUUUUUGGAGAUGAUAUUUAUUGUUUUAAUUGGGCA